AUGCGAACCACAAACUCACUCGGGGAGUUGCCGACAUCACCCUCAGAAGAACAGACGAGCGCCAGGAAAAGAGGACAUGCCCAAGAUGAACCAGAGGCCGAAAAGGACCUGACACCACGAAAAAGACGGAAACCCACUCGAUAUCGAGACUCCCCACAAGAAACAAAAACACGGCCAGAGCCUGCACCCAGAGCAUUGGUCGAACCCAAGGCCACAGAGGAGGAUAGACAACCCGUCAAAAGGAACGCCGACGAUCUCAUCGGCAAUGCACAGGAAGAACCGGCCCAGACACUCACCAAGAGGAAACCAGGCAGGCCGAAGGGCAGCAAGAAUCUGCCCAAGCCGCCCUUGAACGGGAUUCACACCACGCCGUCCAAAUCACAGAGCGGCAGGAAAUGGGCAACCCCAGUCAAGGCCAAUGGACCGAACGGGAUAGAUACGCCGCGCAGGCGGAACCUCGCCGAUCGGUCAGCGCGAAAGAAAAGCGUAAGGACGAUGAUUGAGCGUGUGGUCUCGGGCAUGAUGAGUGACGACGAAGCCGGCGACGACGUUCUGGCGAGGGAGAUUUACCAGUCAAGCGAGGACGAGGACGACAAAGAUGGAGGCCAGCAGAUACCAACCGUGGAAGUCGAGGCUCCUCCAGAAGAUUUGGAAACGGGGGAGCAGUCGGAGGUGGCCCCUACCCCGACAAGGAGGAGACCCGGUCGGCCAAAAGGAAGCGGGAAAAACGGACCAGCAAGGAAGAGAUCUCCCACACCUCCACGAGAUCUUCCCCCGUAUGAGCGUUACUUCUUCCAAAACAAGCCUGGCUCUCUUAAAACCUCAGGGAACAGACUGAACCUGGAGCUACUCACGCACGAGGAGUACUUCAACUUGUUACGGGACUACAAGGAUCCGCACGCUAGUGAUGUCACAUUCUUACAGAACAUGCAUGCCGACUCCUUCCGACAAUGGGCGUUCGAGUUAUCCCAAGGUUUCAGCGUCUGCCUGUAUGGCUACGGCUCUAAACGCGCCCUCCUCCAGAGGUUCGCGACAGAGCUAUACCAGCGAGGCCACAACAAGAUAGUAGUGGUCAACGGCUAUGUGCGCACGUCGGGCGGCAUCAAGGAGGCCCUGAGCACGAUGGCACGCGCUGUCGACCCGUCAUUUAGACUCCCAGCAACCCUCCCCGUGAACAUGGCUCAAGGGCUCACAGCGCUGCUUGCUGAGCACCCCGAGGCCGUUCUCACGAUAAUAGUAAACUCUAUCGAUGCGCCAGGGAUGCGCAAGGGCGGUUCCAGCAACACGACACAGGCUAUCCUCGCACAGCUCGCCUCACACAAACAGGUCCGCCUCGUUUGCUCCGCUGACACGCCCGAUUUCUCUUUGCUGUGGGACGCGGGCCAGAGGUCCCAGUUCAAUUUUGCCAUGCACGACUGCACGACUUUUGCACCCUUUGGUGCCGCGGAGCUUGAUGUUGUCGACGAGGUCCACGAGCUGCUGGGCCGCAAGGACCGGCGCGUCGGCGGCAAGGACGGCGUCAUAUUCGUGCUGCGUAGUCUGCCGGAGAACGCCAAGAACCUCUUCCGUCUGCUUGUCACUGAAGUCCUCGUGGCCAUGGACGAGGGCAGCGGCAUGGGAAUAGGAGACCUUUCGGGUGCGGAUGGCCCAGGGGUCGAGUACAGGAUGAUGUAUAACAAGGCGGUUGAGGAAUUCAUUUGCAGUUCGGAGAUGGCUUUCAGGACGCUGCUCAAAGAAUUCCAUGAUCACCAAAUCAUCACCAGCCGGAAAGAUGCGCUAGGAACUGAGCUUUUAUGCUUACCUUUCCGAAAAGAGGAGAUAGAGAGCAUCUUAGAAGACCUGAUGGGUUAA